AUGGCCAAGAACGACUUGGAACGCUCAAGAGAAGAUCUAGAAUCCCUUGCAAAAAGGAUCAUAGCCGAUCACAUGAGAUUCGUUUGUGCAGAUAAGGCACUAAUGUUGUGGAACAAAAGAUUCCCCCGCCACAAUGAAUCUACCAACGAUGGAGAGUUUUAUUCAUCUAUUGCAACAAGAAAAAGAAUUCUAUCUUUUAUAGAGAAGGAAAAGACGGAUGAGGCCUUUAGAGUGUGCGAGAGCCUCAAACUAUUUGAUCUGGGAACCGAAAGUGUAGCUCUCGUAAAGGAGGCUUUGUCGAAACUGGUGUUUGUUGACUUACUGCGCGCAGAAAGACACACAGAAGCCAUAAAAUUUGCUAGAACUUUUAUAAAUGAUGAAAACGAAAACGAUAAGCUGUUUACCCUGAUAGGAUACAAGGACGUCAGCGAUAGAAGAUUUCUUGAGAUUGCCAAUAUUGUUCGGAGGGAAAGUGUUGUAGAAGCCCUGAAUAAGCAUUUGUUCAAGAAAGAGGUUGGAAGAGAACUUUCCUUGCUAUCCCUAGCUUUAAACCACUACAAUUCCAUCUUGAAAUACCAAAGAAAGUAA